UGACCUUCCUGUGUGGAAUCCCAGGAAUACUGAGGACAGGGACAUCUCUCUGGUGGGUUCCCAUUACUGGAUCCAUCUACCUGAUGAUGGUGGGGGAUCGUGUGACCUUCCUGUGUGGAAUCCCAGGAAUACAGAGGACGGGGACAUCUCUCUGGUGGGUUCCUAUUACUGGAUCCAUCUACCUGAUGAUGGUGAGGGAUGGCGAAACACACAUACUGACUGAAUCCAUUGUUUCUAUGUGUUUAUCAGAUGAUGGGGGAUCUAGGUGGAUCCUCCAUACUGCUCUCUCCUUUACAAUAAAGUCUCCUCUUACCCGACCCGAAUCACCACCUACCUGAUCAUUGUGAGGGAUGGCGUGAUCUUCCUGUGUGGAAUCCAGAGGACGGGUACUUCUCUCUGGUGGGUUCCCCUUACUGGAUUC